AUGUCCGCUCGCUCCCCUAGUCUUUUCCCCGCCCCCCUCCCCCGCCCACACCCAGCAAUCCUGUCCAGCCUGGGCCCGGAGAUCAUGGCCGCGCUAGAUCUGCGGCGCGUGGAGUUCGGCAUUCUCUUCUCCUCGCAGGAGCUGCCGGGCAUCGUGCUGCCGGUGGCGGGCGGGCUAGCGCUUACCUACGUGCCGCACGCCGCGGCGGCCGUCGCCCUCUCUGCCUGCGUGCUCAUCUCCACCGCGCUCUGCGCCGUCGCGCUGCAUAACCAGUCGUACGCCGCGCUCUUCGCCGGCCGUUUCCUGUUCGGCCUGUGCGACGGCGCGCUCACCACGCUGCAGGGCGCGCUGGUCGCGCACUGGUUCCGCCACCGCAUCGGCACCAGCUUCGGCCUCACGCUCCUCGUCAGCAGGCUUUCCUCCUUCACCGGCCUGGCACUCCCGGCCUUCCUCUCGAGCCGCAUCGGCCUCCGCGCCUCCAUGUGGUUCUCCGUCGUGAUGUGCUUGCCCGGCUUCCUCGCCACCAUCGCGUAUGCAGUCUGCGUGCCCCGCAUUGCCGCACCCGCCGACCUUGCAUACACCCCCGCCGACGACGCCCAGGGCGCCCGCCUGCUGCCUCCCGACGACGGCCCCGCCGCGGACUCUGUUGGCCCCCCACGUAUGCUUGCCGUCCUGCGCUCGCUGUCGCCCUCCUUCUGGCUCAUCUCCUACCUGUGGGUGGCGGUGGCGGGCGCAGUGUUCUCCAUGCUGCACUUUGCUGCAGACGCGUUCUCCGCUCACUUAGGCUUGUCCUUUGUUCAAUCCGGGCUACUCUCGGGCUCGCUGGUGCUCUUCGCGGGGCUAGCGUCGCCGGCGGUCGGAGUGGCGCAAGACCGGUUCGGGCGGCGGAGCCUGCUACUGGGCGUGAGCUGCGGCGCGAUCGGGCUCGGCAUCCUGCUGUGCGCGUCCGGCGUGAGUCGCGAGAGCGGGCGCGCGGCCGUGGCUAGCGGCCUGUUUCUUGUCGCGACCGGCCUCGGCAUCGCGCCCGUGACGCUGCUCUCCAGCCUCGCGCUAUGCGUUGAGGACGUGGCGACUCCCGCGGCACUUGGGCUGUACAAGGGCGUCGAGAACGCCGCGCUUGCCGUGCUGCACGUCGUGACGGGGGCGCUCAGGGACGCCUCGGGGGAGUACACUCACUCCCUUCCCGCGAUAAGUUCGAAAUCAAUACUCUGUAGGUGCAGCGUCUUUGAAAAAUAUAUCGACAUUUUGGUAGAGAAACAGUGCGUGCACUACGGUACAGGAGGAGCACUGCUUUGUUCUUGUACCCAAGGGUACAGUAUGAUACGCAGAGUUGAAUGA